AUGGCCGCGCAAAUGGCUGCACUGAGCGACGCGCAAAAUGAGAAGCUCAAAGUUACUUCGAAACGUUCUCGCUUCUACGACAGCUCGGCUCCCAGUACAAUUGCCCAACGAGAACAAACUCGCAGUAAUUUCUUCGAAUAUUGCAAGAGUGACUACGGGAUCGAAGAUGAGCCUGAGAUGUACAGUCGUAAGACCCUUAUCGACCACGCCUGCGGCUUCCUGGAAUGCAUGGCGACGGUCUCGGAAGGAGUACUCCAUGACAAAGUCAAGGCAAUCGUGGAACAAGACUUGCCGACAGGAAGCAGGGAGAAGAACGAGCUAGGCGAAUUCGAACUCGGAUUGAUGUACAUGGAGGUCAAGGCCCUUCAGGAGGGGGUGCUCCAUACGAAGCAACACUACCUCGCGUGGGUCGUUGCCUGUAUUACCGGGGCCCGACCCGGGGCCUUCACAGUCGGAACGGGCUAUCGCAAAGGCGCCCUGCUAGGUGCUGCCAUGAGCCACACCACGCCCGCGCGCGCCUUUUGCCAUACACUACGCUGGGCUGACAUCAAGUUUGAGAAGUUCGAACAGGAAUACUGCUGUAUUCUGACGUUCCGCUUUUUGAGAGGAAGCCACGACAAGUAUAAACCGGGUAACUUGGACGGGUCAAGGGAGUUCUUUUUCGCGCCGAAGCAAGAACGCCUACAUCUCGACCUCAGUGCGCUCUUAUUUGGUGAAGCCUAUACCCGAGGGUUAUUUGUCGACCCGUUGGACGUUCUCCUCAGCGACACGUCCCCUCGUUUCCCCGCGAUCAGAUCGGAAGUGGCAACACAGGCUGUGUUCAUUGCGGCGAACAGGAAAUGUGAGCUUAUUCCCAGUCAAGAGAUGCGAUCCAGUGCACUCAACCGAAAGCUCCAAGAAUUUUGCUUGUCGGUCGGUAUUCUCUGCUAUGUGUCUAUGUAUUCGUUCAGAAGGCAGGCAGCUCAGAAAGCAAAGAGGAACCACUCUACCGAGGACGCUAUGGCACUGCUCGACCACGCCCCAAACAACCCAAAUACCAUGCGCCACUACGACCAGCACGGAUUUGGCCGACGAGAUGUCACUUCGAUCAGACUGGGGGGUGCAGCACUCACGGACUCAUCGAUUCGAAAGUUUUUCUCCCCGUCCAACAGGCUCUGGGUCAAGGAUUCAUCGUCAGGAUCACCAGUGAGGCCACUAAAAGCAGAGAUGUACGCUCGCGCACGCCAGAUUAUGAAAUUAGACCCGCAAUACAAGGAACUCGAGGCCGGACUGCACGAUAUCCUGAUGAAAGCCCACACUAAGCUCCAAGAAUCCAAUCUCCUCUCGCCCGAUGAUAAUUACUGUAUCACGGACCGUAACAUCGGAAGGUAUAAGGCGCUGAUGAUGGGUAUCGCGGAGCCGGCAUUCAUGGAGAUUAGGAAAGAGCUGGACGAGUACUUGGCGCAGCGGAAAUCUGCCUGCGUGGCAGUUACAGAACGCACCAAGGAAGAGCUUCGCAAGAGCAUCGAGGGUACGUCGGCGGAGAGGGAUAGGAUGGGGCAGUACGUGAACGAGAUGGACAUUAGAGUAGCAGAUGAUGACGAGUACGUGGAAGGCGAAGUACUCGAUGACAGAAGGGAUGAGCCUGAAGCCUGGAAGAGGUUCACCGAGGGUCAGAUGCUCAUCGCGGGCGCAGACGAUGACUUCGAGGGAAGCUUUGAAGACUGGAACACGUUUAUCAGAUGCUGGGGGGACAAGACCGACAAGCCCAUCUAUGGGACGGAUGACUUGCGAUGCUUUCGAUGCGCUGCUGAACCCACUAUCUCGCAAGCUGCGAAAGACAAGAUCUGGUUGAAGCGUCACCUCCACUCUCACAUGAAGGGCAACACCCACUCCCGAAGAGAACAAGUCAAGCGCGCAUUCAAGAUAGAUCUCGCAAAUGCCAAAGGAGGAAGGGUCAUGUGCCCGUUAUGUCAGAAACCAACCCACAAGGACCAGAGAAGGUUCAUGGACCACGUUCAAGCAAUGCACAGCGAGCAACUGUGGGUCCCGGAUAGCCUGGAAGUGGAAGAGGAUUAG